UUUCAAUUAAAAUUUAUAAACAAUAAGAGAGCGAACGUAAAUAACGAAACAGACCUCGCGUGGAGCAGACGUCGCUAUGACAGCCAAAGAUGCCAAGGAAACAAACACUGCAACAGCUCAGAAGAAUGGCUCAGCUGGUGGUGGCUUAAUAAAGAGACUGCGUCGCUCCGCUUCCGCUACGGAACACAAUUUGAGCAAUUUACGCAAUCGCAAGUCUACGCAGAAUCUAUUCGAUCAGCAUGGCAAUCCCAUAGAUUUGCAACAGUAUCGCAAAGUGCUGGACAAGGAUGAGAAUGGCAAUGGCACCAGUGAAAAGAAAGCACGUUAUAGACGCACACAAAGCGUAACCAGAGCUGAGGAGAUUUCCAACAAGGAGGCCAAACAGCGCAAGGCGCAACCGGACAGAUCCAUACAUCGACCACGUGAUUCGCUAUUCUCCUGGAGCUCUGGCUUUACCAACUUUACGGGACUGGUUAACUGGGGCUUUCUGCUGCUCUGCAUUGGUGGCUUACGUUUGGGACUGGAGAAUUUGCUCAAAUACGGCAUACGCAUUAAUCCCUUGGACUGGUUCUUCUUUCUAAGCGGUCGUAAUCAGGGCGAAGGACACAAUGCGCUGUUCCUUGUACUCUAUUCGCUGGUGCACAUUUCUCUCUGUCUGGCGGUUGAAAAGGGUCUGGCUUUGGAAAUUAUUUCCGAAGGACUUGGUAUGUUUAUACAAGUAACAAAUAUAGUGGUGUCGGUCUGUUUGCCUGUGGUUAUUAUUCACCUGAAAGGAGCUGCCUUCAGCUUAAGUAAGUACUUAUUUUUGCAAAGUACUAUUUGUAACAAUUCUAAGGCAUAUUUACUUUCAGUGGGUGCCUCGACUGUUUGCUUCUUUUAUUCUGUUUUAUUCCUGAAACUUUGGAGUUAUGUGCAGACAAAUAUGUGGUGCCGCCAGAAAUACUAUCAGCGCCAGCCACGGGAACGACGACCCAGCAUUACUCUUGCCGAGCUCAAAAACGGUCACCUGGAUGCUGGUGAGGAUGAUGAGCACUUGACGAAGCUGGUGCAAUAUCCUGAAAACCUGAGCUAUAAGGACAUUCUAUACUUCUUGUGCGCUCCUACUCUGUGCUAUGAACUGAAUUUCCCACGUACUUCACGCGUCCGCAAGCGUUUCUUACUGAAACGUAUGCUGGAGGUGCUCAUUGGUGUCAACGUCGUUAUGGCUUUGUUCCAGCAGUGGAUAAUACCAUCGGUGCGCAACUCAUUAAUACCUUUCUCCAACAUGGACGUUGGGUUGGCCACUGAACGUCUGCUGAAGCUGGCGCUACCCAAUCACCUGGUCUGGCUGUGCUUUUUCUAUCUUAUGUUUCACUCGUUCUUAAAUGCCGUUGGAGAGGUACUCAAUUUUGCGGAUCGCAACUUUUACUGUGACUGGUGGAAUGCCAACAACAUUGAUACCUUCUGGAGAACUUGGAAUAUGCCCGUGCACAGGUGGUGUGUGCGUCAUCUCUACAUUCCUGUUGUCCAAAUGGGCUACUCCUCGCGCCAAGCAUCGACAAUUGUUUUUCUCUUUAGUGCCUUUUUCCAUGAAUAUUUGGUUUCGGUGCCAUUGCAAACGUACAAGAUUUGGGCUUUCCUUGGCAUGAUGGGUCAGAUACCGCUUUCAGCCAUAUCAAAGUAUAUUGAGCGUCGAUUGGGUCCUCGUAUGGGCAAUAUUAUUGUUUGGGCCUCUAUUAUUUUAGGUCAACCGUUGUGCAUAAUGGCCUACUACCACGACUAUGUCGUUACGCAUUUUCAGAAUUCGCUUAAUGGUACUGAGUACCAGUAAAGUUAAAUUUCAGUGAACCAAAAGUGGUCUGUACUUUUUUUUAAAUAAUUAUUAAGCCAAAUGCAAGUUGAGAUAGCUUGUUUGCCACAUAUACAAAUCAAUUUUGUAGUUUUGAACAUGCAUAGUACUGAGUAACACGAAAUACAUUGUUAUUAAAUGCAUUUGUUAAUGAUUUUAAGUGUCAUGUAAAUAAAGAAAAUGGAUAUUGAGAUUUUUAAAAA